AUGGGUGACUCGGACGGCCAAAAAGUGACACCCUUCGAACAUGGAGUCUUUUUACCAAACGGUCAAAACACCGAUCCACCUUUACCGGCCGACGACCCUACGAUAGGUUACAAACUGAACCAUUUCAUGAUGAGGAUCCGAGAUCCCAAGGAGAGUAUGAAGUUUUAUAUCGAUUUGAUGGGGAUGAGGACGGUUUUUACAUUGAACGUCGGCCCUUUUACAAUUUAUUACCUGGGUUACCCUCAGACGGACGAACACCGAGCCGACCUACCCAAGUUCGGCCUCGACACUGCCACGAACCUCCAACACACUUUGGGUCUGUUGGAGCUCUACCACGUCCAUGGGUCCGAGAAGCAAGAACCCGGUUACUACUCGACCGGCAACACUCCUCCCGCCCUGGGGUUCGGACACUUGGGGUUCACCGUGCCCGACGUCCCCGCGGCGUUGAAAAGGCUCAAGGAAAACGGGGUCCACGUCAUCAAAGACCUCGGGGUCUGUGACAGACCUUCCAUCCCCAUCAGUGAUUGGGAGAACGAACGGGGAGUGGGUGUCGAGGUCAAAGGAACCGAAUCGGAGAUUCAUCAAGAGUACGCAAAGGUUUUCACCAAGAUUGCUUUUGUCAGGGAUCCGGAUGGAUAUAUUGUCGAAUUGGUACCCCAAAAUGUGGACCCAAAGAAUCCUUAGACAAGACCAUCUUUGGUCGUGUGUACCAUUCAUGUGACAAUCAACACAGACGAUUGGUGUGUCGAAAGUAUCGCCGGAAUAUGACCGAGUACUAGGGAAAACAUCAGCAUAGUACAGGGGGAAAAAUUGUAUAUUCAGGGGAAGAAGAAUGGCAUGGCAUGAAAAUGAAAAUGAAAAUGCAAAUGUGUAGCAAUGCACCAUCUCAGGAGAAAAGGCAUGAGACAAAGGGGUGGAAGUGGCAGC